AUGCUGACAGAAGCCCAAGGUGCUGGCAUCGAGAAGAACCCACGCAGGGGGGAGGCGCACAGUCUAUACGGUCAACACGCAGGGACACGAGCACGCCGUACAGGUGCUUCGACCAAUCCCCGAGACGCCGUUAAUAUAGCGGUCGCCGUAACAGGCUCUCCUAUUGAACAGCAUGGGCCUCUGGAUGCGACACUAUCCGCGCAGGAUGACAGGUGGUCCCGAUCAUUCGGGGAACCCGAGGGCCACAUCCCGGGAUGGAGUGGCGUUCCAACUCCAGUCACUACCUUAUUCAAGGAGAUUCCGGACGUUUUAGCCCAUGUGAUGAUGGCAUGGAUUGUGUGGGGUAAACCUGGAUACAAGAUGGCAUCCCAAAUAGAUCCUAGGUCAGGGAUAGCGACCGGCUUCGACAACCUUGCGGCCGAUCUCCAUGUCGGAUACCAGAAACUCGCUGACUUAGUCUCUUGGUCCGUCUUGUCUAUGGGUCUAGCAAACCUGGUCUGGAUGCCGCUGGCACUAUGCUUCGGAAAGCGCCCGGUUGUACUCGUGUCCAUGGCUAUGUUUGUCGCUGGGAUAAUCUGGACAGUCGUCGCGAAGGACUACAAUAGCUUGAUGGGAGCUAGGGUUUUUGCUAGUUUUGGCUAUGGAUCGAUCGAGUCACUGGGCCCUAGUAUUCUUGCUGACAUGUUCUACGAACGCAACUACUCCAGUGCAAUGGCAAUUUACGCUCUCUUCCUCUCGGCCGGCUCCCAAGUCGGUCCCCUCAUCGCUGGUUACCUGGUGGCUGCCCGUGGCUGGCGCUGGUUCUUCAUCCUGUGUCUCAUUGUUGCUGCAGUCAAUCUCGUGACAACCUUCUUCUUUCUCCCAGAGACGCUAUACGAGCGUGGACCCGAGGAGCAAUUGGAUGUUGACGAUGAAGAGAAGGCCGAGGCCUAUCAAAGCCACAUCGAAUCCGUACCCGAAGUCAACGCCUGGCGGCGCCAGCAGCAACAAGAACAAUUUUCCUACGGAGGGUAUUGGAAGAGCUUGUUCAAAGUCGGUCUAUCAGAUGCAGCAAAGGAGAAUGGUGUCUUCAAGCAUCUGGCUCAGCUGUUCUGGCUGCCACUGCCCAUGCUUCUAGUCCCGGGAGUCUUAAUAGCUGCGAUGAUGUAUGGUGUUGUGUUAGGAGGAGUGGUCUCUAUAUCCACCCUUUCUGCCAACAUCUUCUCCCCUCCGCCAUAUAGUUUUUCCUCUGCUGCCCUCGGCCUCUGGACACUUGGCAGCUUCGUCGGUAUUCUUGUCGUGUGGCCGAUCGCGGGCCCUUUGACCGACGCUCUCUCUAGCUAUCUCCGAAAACGCAACAACGGCGUCCACAAGCCUGAGCAUCGGGUCCCGGCCCUCAUUAUCCCGUUCGUCAUUACCCCACUCGGUCUGGUUAUCUUUGGAUACACGGUCUCCCGCCACAUGCAGUAUGUGAUACCAGCAGUAGGCUCGGCCAUGUCCGCAGCAGGGUUGACGCUAGUCCCUUCGGUGAUGUUGUCAUAUGUCGUUGACUCAUACCCGCACACCAGUGGCGAGGCGCUAGUGUUGGUGAACACUAGCAAGAACGUGGUUGCUUUCGGGUUGAGCAAGGGAUCAGUGAGCUGGAUGACCACUCAAGGGGUUGAUAAGAUGUUCUAUGAGUUCGCCGCUGUGCAAUGGGCGGUCCUCGCUUUGGGAUUGCCACUAUAUUUCUUCGGGCCGUGGAUCAGGAAGAGAACUUCCAAGUACUUCUAA